AGAGUUUUCUUUCUGGACAGGGAGAGAGUAAACUGCAACUAUGGGAGACGGUGAGAUGGAAUGUUUCGGCCCGGCGGCCAUUUACCUUCGGAAGCCAGAAAAAGAGAGGAUUGAGGCUCAGAACAAACCAUUUGAUGCCAAAACAGCAUACUUUGUGUCUGAACCCAAUGAGAUGUACCUCAAAGGGGUUCUCCAAAGCAGAGAAGGUGGCAAAGCCACUGUCAAAACUUUAUGUGGGAAAACCAUUACAGUCAAGGAGAAUGAAGUGUUUCCCAUGAAUCCUCCGAAAUUUGAUAAAAUUGAGGACAUGGCCAUGAUGACCCACCUCAACGAGCCUGCUGUGCUGUAUAACCUCAAAGAGCGUUACGCAGCAUGGAUGAUCUAUACCUACUCAGGGUUGUUCUGCGUCACUGUGAACCCCUACAAGUGGCUCCCAGUAUAUGAUGCAGUUGUUGUGGUUGGAUACAGAGGCAAAAAGAGAAUUGAAGCCCCACCCCACAUCUUCUCCAUCUCUGAUAACGCAUAUCAGUUCAUGCUCACCGACAGGGAGAACCAAUCCAUUCUUAUCACUGGCGAAUCUGGUGCAGGAAAAACUGUGAACACAAAGCGUGUCAUCCAGUACUUUGCGACAAUCGCAGUGUCUGGACAGAAAAAAACAGAGCCUGUUCCUGGCAAAAUGCAGGGGUCUCUGGAGGACCAAAUCAUUGCAGCUAACCCCCUGCUGGAGGCUUAUGGUAAUGCCAAGACUGUGAGGAAUGACAACUCAUCUCGUUUUGGCAAAUUCAUCAGAAUCCAUUUUGGUACCUCUGGAAAACUAGCAUCUGCUGACAUUGAAACCUAUCUGCUGGAAAAGUCUAGAGUAACAUUCCAAUUGUCUGCUGAGAGGAGCUACCACAUCUUCUACCAGCUCAUGACUGGGCACAAGCCAGAGCUCCUUGAGGCACUGCUUAUUACAACCAAUCCAUACGAUUAUUCGAUGAUCAGCCAGGGUGAAAUUACAGUCAAAAGCAUCAAUGACGUGGAGGAGUUUAUCGCCACAGAUACUGCUAUUGACAUCCUUGGCUUCACUGCUGAUGAGAAAAUAAGCAUCUACAAACUGACUGGUGCUGUGGUGCAUCACGGCAACAUGAAGUUCAAGCAGAAGCAGAGAGAGGAGCAGGCUGAGCCUGAUGGCACUGAGGUGGCUGAUAAAAUCGCCUACCUUCUGGGCCUGAACUCAGCUGAUAUGCUAAAAGCUUUGUGCUACCCCAGAGUGAAGGUCGGUAAUGAGUUUGUGACCAAAGGCCAGACUGUACCUCAGGUCAACAAUGCUGUUAUGGCUCUUUGCAAGUCCGUCUACGAGAAAAUGUUCUUGUGGAUGGUCGUUCGUAUCAAUGAGAUGUUAGAUACAAAGCAGCCAAGGCAGUUCUUCAUUGGUGUGCUGGACAUCGCUGGAUUUGAGAUCUUUGAUUUCAACAGCUUGGAGCAGCUGUGCAUCAACUUCACAAAUGAGAAACUGCAACAGUUCUUCAACCACCACAUGUUUGUGCUGGAACAAGAGGAGUACAAGAAAGAAGGGAUUGAAUGGGAGUUCAUUGACUUUGGUAUGGACCUGGCUGCCUGCAUUGAGCUUAUUGAGAAGCCAAUGGGCAUCUUCUCCAUCCUUGAAGAGGAGUGUAUGUUCCCCAAGGCAACAGACACAUCCUUCAAGAACAAGCUACAUGACCAGCAUCUUGGCAAAAGUAAUGCUUUCCAGAAGCCAAAGCCUGCUAAGGGCAAAGCAGAGGCCCACUUCUCUCUUGUACACUAUGCUGGCACUGUAGAUUACAACAUUGUUGGCUGGCUGGACAAGAACAAAGACCCCCUGAAUGACUCUGUUGUGCAGCUGUACCAGAAGUCAGCAAACAAACUUCUGGCAUUCCUGUAUGCAGCCCACGCAUCUUCAGAAGAGAGCGGUGGUGGAAAAAAAGGAGGGAAAAAGAAGGGUGGCUCCUUCCAGACAGUGUCUGCUCUGUUUAGGGAAAACUUGGGAAAAUUGAUGACCAAUUUGAGGAGCACUCAUCCUCACUUUGUCCGUUGCUUGAUUCCCAAUGAAUCUAAGACUCCAGGCUUGAUGGAGAAUUUCCUAGUUAUCCACCAGCUGAGGUGUAAUGGUGUGCUGGAGGGUAUCAGAAUCUGCAGAAAGGGAUUCCCCAGCAGAAUCCUCUAUGGUGACUUCAAGCAAAGAUACAAAGUCCUGAAUGCCAGUGUCAUCCCAGAGGGACAGUUCAUUGACAAUAAAAAAGCUGCAGAGAAACUCUUGGGCUCCAUUGAUGUGGACCACACCCAGUACAAGUUCGGGCACACCAAGGUGUUUUUCAAAGCUGGUUUGCUGGGUACCCUGGAAGAGAUGCGUGAUGAGAAACUAGCCGAGUUAGUGACCAUGACUCAAGCUUUGUGUCGUGGCUACCUUAUGAGGAGGGAAUUUGUCAAGAUGAUGGAGAGAAGAGAGUCUAUCUUCACUAUUCAAUACAACAUCCGUUCAUUCAUGAAUGUGAAACACUGGCCAUGGAUGAAGCUGUACUUCAAGAUCAAGCCUCUUCUGAAGAGUGCAGAGACAGAGAAAGAAAUGGCUGCCAUGAAAGAGAACUUUGAGAAAACGAAGGAAGAUCUGGCAAAAGCACUGGCCAAAAAGAAAGAGCUUGAGGAGAAGAUGGUGUCACUUCUUCAGGAAAAAAAUGAUCUGCAACUGCAAGUAGCAGCUGAAUCAGAGAACCUCUCAGAUGCUGAGGAAAGGUGUGAGGGCCUCAUUAAGAGCAAGAUCCAGCUUGAGGCCAAACUCAAAGAGACAACCGAGAGACUGGAGGAUGAGGAGGAAAUCAAUGCAGAGCUGACCGCCAAGAAGAGGAAACUAGAGGAUGAGUGCUCUGAGCUGAAGAAGGAUAUUGAUGAUUUGGAGCUCACCCUGGCUAAAGUUGAGAAGGAGAAACAUGCCACUGAAAACAAGGUGAAAAACCUUACUGAAGAGAUGACUUCACAAGACGAGACCAUUGCUAAGUUAACCAAAGAAAAGAAAGCCCUCCAAGAGGCACACCAACAGACUCUUGAUGAUCUCCAGGCAGAGGAAGACAAAGUCAACAGUUUAACAAAAGCUAAAACCAAACUGGAACAACAAGUUGAUGAUUUAGAAGGUUCCUUAGAACAAGAGAAAAAGCUCCGUAUGGACCUUGAGAGAGCCAAGAGGAAGCUUGAAGGGGAUCUGAAGCUAGCCCAGGAGUCUAUUAUGGACCUGGAAAAUGAUAAACAGCAGUCAGAGGAGAAGCUCAAAAAGAGGGACUUUGAAAUAAGUCAGCUUCUAAGCAAAAUAGAGGAUGAACAAUCCUUGGGUGCUCAACUACAAAAGAAGAUCAAGGAACUUCAGGCCCGCAUUGAAGAGCUUGAAGAGGAAAUUGAGGCUGAGCGUGCAGCGCGCGCUAAAGUUGAGAAGCAGAGAGCUGAUCUCUCCAGGGAACUUGAAGAGAUCAGUGAGAGGCUUGAGGAGGCUGGUGGAGCCACAGCUGCUCAGAUAGAGAUGAACAAGAAGCGUGAAGCAGAGUUCCAGAAGCUGCGGCGUGAUCUGGAAGAGUCCACUCUGCAGCAUGAAGCCACAGCUGCUGCCCUCCGCAAGAAACAAGCUGACAGUGUUGCUGAGCUUGGAGAGCAGAUCGACAACCUUCAGAGGGUCAAACAGAAGCUGGAGAAGGAGAAGAGUGAAUACAAGAUGGAGAUAGAUGACCUGUCCAGUAACAUGGAGGCUGUGGCAAAAUCCAAGGCUAAUCUCGAAAAGAUGUGCCGUACAUUAGAGGACCAAGUAAGUGAGCUGAGAACAAAGAAUGAAGAACAAGCUCGCCAACUUAAUGACCUAAACACCCAAAAAGCACGGCUUCAAACUGAAAAUGGUGAGUUUGGAAGGCAACUAGAAGAAAAAGAGGCACUUGUUUCUCAGCUGACAAGAGGCAAGCAGGCCUAUACCCAGCAGAUUGAGGAGCUCAAGAGACAUACUGAAGAGGAGGUGAAGGCCAAGAAUGCCCUGGCCCAUGCUGUCCAGUCAGCUCGUCAUGACUGUGAUCUACUCAGAGAGCAGUUUGAGGAAGAGCAGGAGGCCAAGGCUGAGCUGCAGCGUGGAAUGUCCAAGGCCAACAGUGAGGUGGCUCAGUGGAGAACCAAAUAUGAAACUGAUGCAAUUCAGCGUACUGAGGAGCUUGAGGAGGCCAAGAAAAAGCUUGCCCAGCGUCUACAAGAGGCUGAGGAAUCCAUUGAAGCUGUGAACUCCAAGUGUGCCUCUCUGGAGAAGACAAAACAGAGGCUACAGGGUGAAGUGGAGGACCUCAUGAUCGAUGUAGAAAGAGCUAAUGCAUUGGCCGCCAACCUUGAUAAGAAACAAAGGAACUUUGACAAGGUUUUAGCAGAAUGGAAGCAGAAAUAUGAAGAAGGUCAGGCUGAGCUGGAGGGAGCUCAGAAAGAGGCUCGCUCUCUCAGCACUGAACUCUUCAAGAUGAAGAACUCCUAUGAAGAAGCUCUUGACCAGCUGGAGACCUUAAAGAGAGAGAACAAGAAUCUUCAACAGGAGAUCUCUGAUUUAAGUGAACAACUUGGUGAAACUGGAAAGACUAUUCAUGAGCUAGAAAAGGCAAAAAAAACUGUGGAGACCGAGAAGUCAGAGAUCCAGACUGCUCUUGAAGAGGCUGAGGGAACACUAGAACAUGAGGAGUCCAAGAUUCUUCGGGUUCAACUGGAGCUUACCCAAUUGAAAAGUGAAGUAGACCGGAGACUUGCUGAAAAGGAUGAGGAAAUUGAGCAAAUCAAAAGAAACAGUCAAAGAGUGAUUGACUCAAUGCAAAGCACCCUUGAUGCUGAGGUCCGGAGCAGAAAUGAUGCUCUGAGAGUCAAGAAGAAAAUGGAGGGAGAUCUCAAUGAGAUGGAGAUUCAGCUGAGCCAUGCAAACCGUCAGUCUGCUGAGGCUCAGAAACAGCUUAGAAAUGUACAAGGACAGCUCAAGGAUGCACAACUGCACCUUGAUGAUGCUCUCAGAGGACAAGAAGACAUGAAAGAGCAAGUUGCCAUGGUGGAACGGAGGAAUACCCUGAUGCUGGCAGAGAUUGAGGAGCUGAGGGCUGCGCUAGAACAGACAGAGAGAGGCCGCAAAGUGGCUGAACAAGAGCUGGUUGAUGCCAGCGAGCGUGUGGCUCUACUGCACUCUCAAAAUACUAGCCUUAUCAACACUAAAAAGAAGCUUGAGGCUGAUUUUGUUCAAAUCCAAAGCGAGGUAGAUGACACACUCCAAGAAGCACGUAAUGCAGAAGAAAAGGCAAAGAAGGCCAUCACAGAUGCUGCCAUGAUGGCAGAGGAGCUGAAAAAGGAGCAAGACACCAGUGCUCACCUGGAAAGGAUGAAGAAGAACCUUGAAGUUACAGUCAAAGACUUGCAGCAUCGCCUGGAUGAGGCUGAGAAUCUUGCCAUGAAGGGUGGAAAGAAGCAACUCCAGAAACUGGAAGCUAGGGUACAUGAGCUGGAGGCUGAAGUUGAAGCUGAGCAGAGACGUAGUGCUGAUGCUGUUAAAGGAGUCCGCAAAUACGAGAGGAGAGUGAAGGAGCUCACCUAUCAGACCGAGGAGGAUAAGAAGAAUGUAAACAGACUGCAGGAUCUGGUGGACAAGCUGCAGCUGAAAGUGAAGGCUUACAAGAGACAGGCUGAGGAAGCUGAGGAGCAAGCGAAUACUCAUCUGUCCAGGUUCAGGAAAGUGCAACAUGAGCUGGAGGAAGCUCAGGAGCGUGCUGACAUUGCUGAGUCCCAGGUCAACAAGCUAAGAGCCAGGAGCAGAGAAGCUGGAAAGGGCAAGGAUGCCGAAUGAUGGAAAUCCAGCUCUGACAAAGUAGCGAGUAGUCAUAUAAUAUGAAUUACUUGUGAAAUGUUCUAAUAAAGUAGAAUAAACAUGGCUGCAAAUAA